GGGAGCGGGUGGGGGAGGAGGGAAAGCGGCGAGUAAGAUGGAAGAUGAGGAGGUCGCUGAGAGCUGGGAGGAGGCGGCAGACAGCGGGGAAAUAGACAGACGGUUGGAAAAAAAACUGAAGAUCACACAAAAGGAGAGCAGGAAAUCCAAAUCUCCUCCCAAAGUGCCCAUUGUGAUUCAGGACGAUAGCCUUCCCACGGGGCCCCCUCCACAGAUCCGCAUCCUCAAGAGACCCACCAGCAACGGUGUGGUCAGCAGCCCCAACUCCACCAGCAGGCCAGCCCUUCCUGUCAAGUCCCUAGCUCAGCGGGAGGCGGAGUACGCCGAGGCCCGGAAGCGGAUCCUGGGCAGCGCCAGCCCUGAGGAGGAGCAAGAGAAACCCAUCCUCGACCGGCCAACCAGGAUCUCCCAACCUGAGGACAGCAGGCAGCCCAAUAAUGUGAUCAGACAGCCUUUGGGUCCAGAUGGGUCACAGGGCUUCAAACAGCGCAGAUAAAUGCGUGCGGGAAAGGAUGCCGCCACCGCUGCCGCCAUCACCGCCUCUUGGGUCGUCCGCCACGGGUCGCACUGCCGUGGCAGACAGCUGGACUUGAGCAGAGGGAACGACCUGACUUACUUGCACUGUGACCCCCUUUGCUCCGCCCACUGUGACCUUGAACCCCAUGCACUGUGACCUCCCUCCUUCCCCCCCUUCCCACUGUGAUUGGCACGUCUACAAGGGCUGUCCCAAGUCAAUGGAAAGGGAAAGGGUGGGGGUCAGGGGAGGGUUGGGGGGACCCAAGAAGGACUCAGAGUAGAGAGUCAGACAGUGUCACUCGGCCACUUGGGGUAAAGCCAGUGCCAGCAAUAACAGUUUAUCAUGCUCAUUAAUUUGGGAUUUCAAAAUACAGAUGAGAACUCCCGUCCACCCACCCGCAAGUGCAUGUCUUCAUCACUUAAAAGCAAGUUCCAUUUGAAAAUGUCCUUUCUUUUUUUUUUUUUCUCCUUCCUACUUUUGUUUGUUUAUACAAAUAAUCUGAUUUGCAAGAAAAAGUGCAUGGGAGGGGUUUUAGCAGUUUAAUGAAUUUUUAAUUGAGAAAGGGUAGUUUGGUAGUCUACUUAAAAAUGUUUCUGGGAAAUUCACCAGAAACAUUAACCAAUAGGACUUUGGUGAGCUUAGCUUCUGUAUUCCUACUGCCGCCCAGAAAAGGGGCAGGGCUCUGCAGCCCCCAGGACAGAUGAGCACCCCAUGCCUAUACCUCCCUCCCCCAGCUAAGUCCCAGGGCAUCUUCGCCCUACCUGGAGACUGAGCUAGCUCUAUAGGCUCAGAGAGCCUGGGGAGGAUGCCAACCCCACCUCUAGUAUUUUGGGAGAUAGGGAAAGUGAACAGACUUCCCCUUCCCAUACCCCUCAGGGUGGUUCCCUGCCAGCCAGGCUUGCUCCUUCUAGAAGAGAGCAGGGAGUGAUAUGCACUCCGGGCUCGGAAGUAAGGAAUGUGAGACUUGCUCAGUGUUUUGCUGUUAGCCCGAGGAGAACCAGGAGAAAGUGGUUCCAGGACUCUGAACCUCCUGCCCAGUGUGCUUGGAAGGUGGAUAGAUCUUCCCACUCCAGCAAGGCUUGAACUCUCAAGGGUCUGUGGAGCACCAUCUCUGUUGAUGGCACCAUGCCUAGUAUAUUUCCUUUGUGAAAUCACUACCUUGGGAGCAGACCAUUCUGAAUACAUGUGGGAAAAGGCAAGCUGUGCAUUGCAAAGAUUGGUGGUGACAGACCAUAGACCCAGGCCACCCCUCACCCAUUUUUCCAGAGCAAGGCUCUGGAAUGAAGGCAGUUUCCCCUCUGUCCCUAGAGCCUAGAGAUUUGCUUUGGCUCUUUAAGGUGGGAGAGGCUAAGAGGGCAGCUGCCUAAAGCAGCUCUGUGUGUGUUUGUAUAACUGGGUCCUCUCAGGCUUUCUGGUCUCUUCCAUUGCACUGCGCCUUAUCCCUCAGCCAGCCAGGUAGCCUCCCCACUCAGCGGAUGAAUUUUGGAGUGGGUGAUAGGACAUUUUGUGAUUAGGGCAGCUUGCGGUGGCCAAGGUGGCAAGCUAGGUUUUGCAGGCUCACUCCACCUUUGGUUUACCUGGCUCUCAGCCUUGCCCUGUGGGAAUGUAGGUCAGGCCCAGUAAGCCAUGUCCCACUGCAUCUCCUGCUGAGGAGGAAGGGCCAGCUGCCCGUUGAAUCAGCAGCUAGUCCACAGCAUAGCCUUAUAACCAUGAGCAGCCAGGAAAUGGUGCGUGAGCAGAGCUGGAACAGAGCUUCAGUCACAAAGAGGCCACAGGCUGUUGGGUUGUACCCACAGGCUGUUGUAAGAGGAAUGGAGGGAUGAUCCCCCAGAAGUGGCCAAGGAAGAAGAUUGGCUGCUGUCUUUAUAGUUCCACUGCCCUGACCAAGUUUCCUCCUUCUAGAUGUACAGUGUCUAGCCUUCAUGUAAUAGUAGUUUCUGGCCCAAGAUGAGACUGUCCUUUCAGUUGGAGAAGGGUACAGAGGUAAGCCAGGUGGGAUGGCCAGGAAUACUGAUUGCUCAGCCAUCGGGACCACCUGCUCUUGCCCCCCUCUCCCCUAGUGGGAGCUGAAGGGAAGGCUGGCUGAUGGGUGUCUGUGGAUUGAGGAUGUAGUAGGGACUGGUGUUCCCACCUCCCUCUGGCCAAAGAUGGGGCUUUGCCCACUGUGCCUGCCACCACCCAUCAACAGUUGUACUCUUGGCUUCCCAGAUGGAGAGGUGGCAGGCAAAAUUUUAAAGAGAAAGAAAUGAAAACAAGGAAAUGUGUUGGGGGGAGGUGGGAGGGUUGAUGGGAGAAUGGUUUGGAUUUUGUGUGUGGGGGGGGUUGUUUUUUGUUUUGUUUUCUUUUUUUUUUCUUUUUUCUUUUUUCUUUUUUUUUUUUUUAUUGUCUGUAACUUUCCUUAAGUGCUUCUUCUUCUUCUUCUUUUUUUUUUUUUUUGUUUUUUUCUUUUAAGUAAGCUGCAGGCUUUGGCUUGGAAAACCCCAGGGGGGGUGGGGGUGGGGCAGAAACCUGAGGCUGCUGCCUGUUUAUCUGCCUUCAUGGUACUGUCCCCCUUUCCCCCAGUUCCUCCCUGACCCCAUGAGCCAGGCCUCAGACCUUCCAGCUAACCGCUUCCCAUGAGCCACUACUCUGAUGUCAGCCUAUAACCAAAGGAGCUGGGGGUCCAGGCCUGGUGACCAACCCUUCUCAGCCCACUCAAUCAGGGUGCUCCCCACCUGCAGGCAGGAGGCAACACCCUAUCUGCUACCAUCAGCCCCUUCCAGAGCCCACUGCCCCGCCCUGCCCUGUCCAGCCCAGCCAUACCCUGCUCUGCCCCAUGUGGGGAUGCUCUGCUCAGGGAUGGGCGGGCAGGGCUGCCCCAGCCUCCCUGGUAAGCAGAGGCUCUGGAAACGUCCGGGGUCCUGUUUUCUGCUCGUGUGAUCCCAGGGGUGCAUGUGGGCCCCUUGGGUGUCUGAACAGAAGGGCAUGGGAGGGAGGGCCGCACCCCUGCAGUCCUGCUCUGCUGGUCUAGCGGGCAGCUGCCUACCCCACCCCACCCCGCACCGCGGGCUCCUGAGUCGGCAGAUUAAGCAUUUUAUAAAUUGUAUUUUAAAUACAUGUUUUAAACUUG